CGCGCCGCGAGUAGUGCGCCUCCCAGGAGUAAUGAAGAACUGAGACCAGUUGUGAAGUGGUGCCACAGUAGGACUGGCGGUGCUAGUGCCCAUGUAGCCGCGCCUGGGCCAGGAAGAGCUCCAGAGGCGCCAUGCGGGGUCUGGCCGCGCUGCUGCUCGCUCUGGGCGCGCUGCGUCCCGCCGCCGGCUCCGGCGUGGAGGUGCUGAAGGGAGUGAGGAUCCGGGUGCCGGAGGCCGUGCGGGCGGGAGACACGGCCAAGCUGGCCUGCGACUACGACCUGGAGGACUCGCCGCUCUACACCAUCAAGUGGUACCGCAGCGAUGAGGAGUUCUACCGCUACGUGCCCAAGGAGUCGCCUGCCACCAAGGUGUUCCCCAAGCCGGGCAUUAACGUGGACAUCAACCUGUCCAACGCCCGCGAGGUGACCUUGUGGGGCCUGAAGAGGAACCAGGACUCCUACAUGAGCUCAGUUGCUUCAGCCAUGUGCUGGGCGUGA